CGUUCACCGCAAUCAAUUCGACGACCUAGCCAUGUCCGAUAGCGAAGAAAACAGCGUCUUCGGGGUGAGCGAGGACCUAGUUCCGCCUGCCUUGAUUAAGUCUGCCGGGGUUUCAGAAGUAGACUUCGACGGCCUGCUGUCGCCACCACUGAAACUUCAGGAAGAUCUGAAGAAUGGCUGUGGUGGACAGUUGUGGCCAGCGGGCAUGGUGCUAAGCAAAUAUAUGCUGAGAAAGCAUAAAAGUGAUCUGAAUGGAAAAGAAAUUAUUGAGCUUGGUGCUGGUGGUGGUCUUGUUGGCCUCGCCGUAGCCCUUGGCUGUGGGACCGAUACAAUCCUCCACAUCACGGAUCAAGAACCCAUGUUCGAGUUGAUGAAGCAGAACAUCGUCCUCAACAACCUCACGUCAAAAGUCUCCGCCAAAAUCUAUGACUGGGGUCAGCCUACCCCAUCUGGCCUGCCGAAGUACCCAGACAUCAUCCUAGCCGCCGACUGUGUUUACUUCGAGCCAGCGUUUCCACUGCUGCAGGAGACGCUCAAGGAUUUGAUUGGAGAAAAGACUGUUUGCUACUUCUGUUUCAAGAAGAGGAGGAGAGCAGAUCUGCAGUUUAUGAAAGUAGCGAGGAAGAUGUUCGAUGUGAAGGAAGUGGAGGAUGAUCCAGACAAGAAGAUAUACUCAAGACAAAGCUUGUUCCUGUACCGCGUCACGAAGAAGGCUUGAAGUAGCCCUAGCAUUAGAGAUUCGAUAUGAUCAGCAAAACCAACCUCAAAAAGAACCCGUCGUUGUGGCGUGGACUAUUCCCUCGUCUCGCCAUAUUUGCUCUAUCUGAAAUACAUCGUGUUACCACAGAU